GAGAGAGAGAGAGAGAGGGAAUCAUCUCUUUGGUUAUAUUAAGUAGUAGCCAUUCACGCCUCGUCUAGUGGUCCCGUUUCUUUUCUCCCCGUAUUCCCUCAUCGUUUCUUUAAUUUACUCUUCUGUUCCAUUAUUUUGAUGAUUGACCUGAAUACUCUUGAAUGUAACGAGAUCCGCUCUUUGUCAUAAACCGCUUGACAAACGAACAAAUAGGUUAACUUAGAAGAAAUGAAAUGAUCAACAUUGUGGAAAAAAACUAUGGCUUUGAAAACAAAUGGUGAUAGUGCAUCAAAGUGAUAUUGUAUCAAAGUGAUCUUGCAUCAGAGUGAUAUUGCAUCCAUACAUUGUGAAAGUGAUGUGGACUUGAGCAACAGUGGGAAUAACUGUCAUCAAAAAUAAAAACUUUCCAAUAUGUCUAAAAUGUGUUUGGGAGUUCUGAUGGAUUUCGAAACUGGAUAAGCAUCGACGUCUGAGCGAGCGAGAGAAAAUUCAAAAUGAGGACAGAGUGCAGGAUGGGCUCUGUCAACGCCAGCUCCGAGUGUCAGAAGAUCUGCAAACACGAGGAGCUGCACGAAAUCUACUCAGUGGUUUUUGAAGUGGUCUUUCCCGUCCUGAUUGUCCUCGGCAUCAUUUCGAACGUCGUCAAUCUGAUCGUCCUGACGAGACCUCGGAUGAUGAACAAGAUUUACAGGUGGCUGCGUACAUUGGCUGUUGUUGAUAUAUGCCUGUGCGUUUUGACGACGCCCGUGUGCAUGGCCAACAGCGGGCACACGCCCUCAGGGUUCGUCUUGGCCAAGUACUACUCCAUGUUUGGUUGGUCUCUCAGCAUCGGUUCGCAGAUCGUCAGCUUCUACCUCAUGGUGUGGUUUGCCUACGACAGGUAUCUAGCCGUGUGCUGCCACGAGAGGUACCCCAAGAGCCUGCGCUACGAGAAAUUCAGAGGACGUGUCAUCUUCACCAUCACGUUUGUCGUUGUCCUCUACGCCCCGACGAUGUUCGUCGGAUUAGUUUGCCCAGUUGACGAUGGUUGGAUGCCUCUGGAUGGCUACAGGAAUAUAGAAGAGGGCUGGUAUAAGGCCUACUUUUGGAUCAGGGAAAUAUUCUCCCGCCUGGUGCCAGCAGGUUUCAUGACGAUCUUUAACAUUAAAAUCGCCCUCAGACUGAAGCACCUCCGAAGCAUAAGGGACGGCUUUGCCAACGGAGUCCCCCCUUCGAGGCGAGACAAAGAACGGAAGCUGGUUGUCUUGCUGUUCUGGGUGACUGCCUUCUUCUACAUCUACAACACGCCAGUCGCCGUCUACUACUUGGUGUUCCUUAACCACGGCCUACUGCCGCCCGAUCGGGAGGACGAGGUCCUCACCUUCGGAGUCAUUAGCAACCUGAUCCAGAUGAUUGGGAACGUCUCCAACUUCACCGUGUACUUCCUCAUCAACCCGGAAUACCGAAAGACGCUCAAAGGCCUCUGCUGUCGCUCGCCCUCCAAGGCGGACGGUCUCGACGCCUCCGAAGUGAGCCAGAGUUACAAAGGGCAGCAGCAGGCGUCUCACAACAACACGCUGAGGUCACUGACUUACGGCAAUUCAGUCAAUGACAUCCCUAACUCUGGCGUUCAGGUUGCUCCUAAGGAAUGACAACGAAGUGACGAAACGAUUUGCUUUCUGAGCUGUCAGUGACACGAUUAACCCACACGGAAAAUACUUCGUCUUCAAAUAGUAGUUGUUUUUCAAUGACUCACAGAACUGUCCCAGGUACCUGGGAAAGGUACAGAUUUCCAGGUACUGGAAAGUCACUUUUGGUAGUGCAGACAUCCAAAUUUAGUGCUAUCCUCCUGAAUGCUGAAAAUCGUUUAAUAAACUGAAAUCAGCAGUACUUGUAUUAAACUCAUAAUUUAUAAUUAAAAUGAGUCGAUAAAUAAUAAACACAAUGAAGUUAAGUGUCCUAAAUAAGAAAUAGAAGUAAUAAUUCAACAGGCACAGAAUGAAGAAAUCGUUGCAAUUCGAGUCCUAAUAUCCAUAAUGUCAUGAAAAUAAGACAUAUUACAGUUCUUCUAAAUUAUAUAUGUAUUUAGUUUUGAAACUUUGAUAAGAAUAUUUGAAAACUUAUUUUGAUCCUAUUUUUAAGAGUUUAAGCUAAAUAGAUCCUAGAAAACGGUCUCUUUCUAAAACAAAUAUACGUAUUCCUUAUGUAA